UCCAACUCACUUGGGUGUCUUGUAGCCAGAAUGAGAUUCCCCCUCUGAUUUCCCGGCCUAAUUAUAUCAAUGAAAACUAUAAGUUUUCUGAGAGAAAAAUAUAGACAGUGUUGGCAGAGGCACUCAUUGUCCUUUUUUAUUAUAUUUCCCAUAUCCUUUUGCUCUCUGCUACUCUCUGCUUCUCUCUGCAACUCGCCCCUGCUUUUCCUCCAUUUGUUUUUUUCUCUGCCCCUCACAAGCACUGCCUUUUACACUCUGUUUUCACACUCUCUUAAAGAUUUGGUCACCAAAACAACCAUACCUGUAGUUGGUCACCCUCUCUCCCUCUGUUUCCUAGACUCUAUUUCUUCACCAUGAACAUGUAGGAAAAAUGCAGAGCCAGUUCAAGAAAGCAUGAGCUCCAAAACCUGCCAGAGCCUCCCUUUCUGGUGGAGAAUCAUUUCCUUUCUUCUCCUUCUACUUCCAUCGUUUGCUCUCAACUCAGAUGGGGUCCUCUUGCUUUCCUUCAAAUACUCAAUCCUAAGCGACCCUCUGUUCGUCCUGGAGAGCUGGAACUACAACGACGCAACACCAUGCGCGUGGUUCGGAGUCACGUGCACCGAAAUCGGAACACCCGGCACGCCGGAUAUGUUCAGGGUGACCGGCUUAGUCCUCCCCAACAGCCAGCUUCUGGGUUCGAUUGUUGCCGACCUCGGCAUGAUCGAACACCUUCGCCAUCUCGAUCUUUCCAACAACUUCUUCAAUGGAUCUCUGCCUAAUUCAAUUUUCAAUGCCUCAGAGCUUCAGGUGCUUUCCCUUUCAAGCAAUGUUAUCUCUGGUGAGCUACCGGCUGAGCUUAUAGGUGGAUUAAGAAGCUUACAGCUUCUGAAUCUUUCUGAUAAUGCAUUGGCCGGGAAAGUACCGGAAAAUCUCACUGCUCUGCAGAAUUUGACAGUUGUUUCUUUGAGGAGUAACUACUUUUCCGGUAGUGUUCCUAGUGGGUUUGAUUCGGUUCAAGUAUUAGAUCUGUCUUCCAAUCUGCUUAAUGGGUCUUUGCCUCUUGGUUUUGGUGGAGAUAGUUUGCGCUACUUCAACCUCUCUUACAAUAAGCUUUCAGGAAACAUACCGCCGGAGUUUGCGAAAGGAAUACCGCAGAAUGCCACAAUCGAUCUCUCAUUCAACAACCUAACCGGACCUAUUCCGGAGUCUCUAGCUAUGCUCAACCCGAAAAACGAAUUCUUUGCCGGAAAUACCGAUCUUUGCGGCAAACCUUUGAAGAAUCUCUGCUCCAUUUCUUCCUCUUUGUCUGCUCCACCCAACGACACCUCCUCGUCUUCUCCGGCAAUAGCAGCCAUACCCAAAACCAUUGACUCAGUCCCAGUGACAUCCUCAACCGGCACAGCAAACGGAACUCAGAACCCAACGCAAGGUGGCCUAAAGCCCGGGGCAAUAGCCGGAAUCGCUGUCGGAGACUUAGCCGGUAUAAGCCUUCUUGCCAUGGUAAUUUUCUACGUCUACCAAGUGAGAAAGAGAAACAACAUUCUGAAGCCAACGAAUGCGGCGACGGACCCAGAAAAGAAAGGAGAAGAGAAAAAACAAGACCCACUUGGCAGAAAGCCAGUGGCGUGGUCCUGCCUAGGCGAAGAGAUAACUUCAGAAGCAACCAGCUCUGAUAGCGACGACCACGAGAACAAACUCGAAGAUGCACACGUGCAUCCAAACGAUGAUCAGAAAGGUCAGCUUGUGACGGUGGACGGAGAGACAGAGCUGGAGCUGGAGACUCUGCUCAAGGCGUCGGCGUAUAUGCUGGGAGCCAGCGGCGGAAGCAUUGUGUACAAGGCGGUGCUAGAGGACGGGACUGCGUUGGCGGUGAGGAGGAUUGGAGAGAGCGGGGUGGAGAGGAUGAGGGAUUUUGAGAACCAGGUCAGGGCGGUAGCCAAGCUGCGCCACCCAAAUUUGGUUCGGAUUCGUGGGUUUUACUGGGGAGAGGCUGAGAAGCUUGUUAUCUAUGACUUUGUCUCCAAUGGCAGCCUUGCUAGCGCCAGUUACAGAAAAGCAGGCUCAUCACCAUUUCAUCUACCUCUUGAGGUUCGGCUCAAGAUAGCAAGAGGAGUAGCCCGGGGGCUGGCCUACAUCCACGACAAGAAACACGUGCAUGGCAACAUUAAACCGAGCAACAUUCUCUUGAGCCCUAACAUGGAGCCGAUAAUCACAGAUUUCGGGCUCGAAAGGCUCGUCUUUGGCAACACCAGCAGCAACAAAGCAAGCAACUCAGCCCGAUUUUUGGGAAGCCAACAAAGACCCACGUCGACCACCAUUCAUGAAGGCUUACCGGACCUCCCCACAAGUGGUUCCAGCCCCUACGGUGCACCGGUGGGCUCGUCGGUCGGAACUGCAUGGCCUUAUCAAGCACCCGAGUCCCUGAAAAACGUCAAGCCUAAUUUCAAGGGGGAUGUGUACUCAUUUGGGAUAGUUUUGCUUGAACUUUUAACUGGCAGAGUAUUUUCUGAGCCGGAAUUGGGCCAGUGGACUUCCGGCGCCGGUUCGGUGGCAGAGGAAAAAAACAGGGUUUUGAAGAUGGUUGAUGCGUCUGUCAGGGGAGAAGUGGAGGGCAGGGAGGAUGCCAUGCUGGCAUGCUUCAAAUUGGGAUUUAGCUGUGCUUCUUUUGUCCCACAUAAGAGACCGUCUAUGAAAGAAGCCCUUCAAAUCCUAGAGAGGAUCCCAUUCCCAUGGCCUUCUUUCUAAUGAUGCAUUUGGGUCCCAUAAAAGUAACUCGUGUGUUCUUUUGUUUCUCCUUUUGUUGACUUGAAUGUUACAUAAAGAGCUAGCUUGAGGAAUGUGGAUAACAGAUGUGAGAAAGUGCUGUAUGUUUGACUGAUUAAUCAAAGUUUUAUAUGUAUAAGAUAAUUAGGUGGUGAUUAUGGAUAGA